AUGAACUGUUUGCAUUGUAUCGUUGUGCUGUUUCUUUCUGUUAAACUACAGCAGGUAUUUGGAGUAUGGCCCAUGCCUCAGCGCAUCACUCAGUUUAAUGAGCAGUAUUUUUUAAACCCGCUCCUUUUCGCUUAUCACUACGCAGAAGAUUCAUCUGUGCGAAGCGGAUGCUCUGUCCUGGAUGCUGCCUUCAGAAGAUACUUCAGGAUCGUUUUUCCUGACUUUGCAGAUGGAAGAGGAUUCAGUAACACUUGGUUUGAGCCCAAACCCUUCACAGUAUCAGUGAGUGUCAGAAGUGGUGGAUGUGAUGAAUACCCUGAUGAAGGCACAGAUGAAAGUUAUAAACUGAGUGUGUCACAAGGUCAAGCUGUGUUAAAAGCAGAGUCAGUGUGGGGAGCCUUGAGAGGUCUGGAGUCCUUUAGUCAGCUGGUGUACCAAGAUGAUAAUAACUCAUAUUUUGUCAAUAAAACAGAAAUUGAGGACUUCCCACGAUUUUCAUUUAGAGGGCUUUUGCUAGACACGUCGAGGCACUAUUUACCAGUACAUGUUAUACUGAAGACUCUGGAUGCCAUGGCUUAUAAUAAAUUCAAUGUAUUUCACUGGCACAUUGUGGAUGAUCCUUCUUUCCCUUACCAGAGCCACACAUAUCCUGAUUUGAGCAACAAGGGAGCCUUUCACCCUGUGACUCACAUUUACACACAGUCAGACGUGAGAAAGGUGAUUACUCAUGCAAGGGUUCGAGGAAUCAGGGUGGUGCCAGAGUUUGAUUCUCCUGGACACACUCAAUCUUGGGGUAAAGGGCAGCCAGACCUGCUGACGCCUUGCUAUAAGAGAGCUGUUCCCUCUGGAACAUUCGGCCCCAUCAACCCAACUCUGAGCUCCAGUUACCAGUUCAUGAACAGCCUCUUUAAAGAGGUAACCUCAGUAUUUCCUGACUCCUUUGUUCACCUCGGGGGCGAUGAGGUUGACUUCAAGUGCUGGAAAUCAAAUCCUAAUGUGCAGGCAUUUAUGGCAAAGAUGGGCUUUGGGCAUGAUUAUAGCAAACUGGAAUCUUUCUACAUGGAAAGUAUUAUGAACAUCACUGCUGCCUUUAACAAGACCUCCAUUGUUUGGCAGGAUGUUUUCGAUCACAACAAGCCAAGUAGGGCUCAGUAUGUGGUGGAGGUGUGGAAAAGAGGAUGUUACCUAUGUAAGGUGCGCCAGGUGGCUAAGGCUGGAUUGAAGGUCAUCUUAGCAGCUCCGUUCUAUCUGGACCUGCCCGGACCCACACACAACUGGGUUCGCUACUACAAAGUACGCCCUCUCUCUUUUAAAGGCACAGAGCAGCAGAAGAAGCUGGUGAUUGGUGGUGAGGUCUGCAUGUGGGGAGAAUAUGUGGAUGCAACCAACCUCAGUCAACGGCUAUGGCCUAGAGCAAGUGCAGCUGCUGAGAGGUUAUGGAGUAAUGAAGAGCAGACGUCUAGCGUGGAUAAGGCCAUUCCUCGCCUACAGGACUUCCGCUGUAAAAUGAUAAGGCGUGGCAUUCAAGCCGAACCUCUGUUUAUAGGCCACUGCAGACAAGAGUAUAGUGGUCUAUAG